AUGGAGGAGUACGCGCGCCGAUGCUCGGAGUUGAUCCGGCCCUCCACGGGUCCGUACCUCGAGGUACCGCACAUGGGUCCCGAGGACGCGCGGCGCGUGGUAUCGCAGCUGCGCAGCGGCCUGAGCGGCCCCAUCGCCGCGGCAAUGAACGCCCUCACCGUGAUCUCGGCGGACGCGACCGAUCCGAUGUCGACCCAGGACUGGCCGGGGCUCGCCGGGGCGCUCUGCGAGGUGGUGCGAGGCGGCCUGGAGUUCGACGCCGGGCGCGGUGGGACCCCGGGCUGGGCCGCGGCGGGCGCCGGGAGGACCGCGGCGGGCGCCGUGGAGGACCACGAGCUCUGGGCCGAGGUGGAGGCGCUCGCCGGCACGAACGAGCCCGAGCGCGCCUUGGCCGGGGAGCUCGCCGCGGCGGCGCUGAACGUCCUUCGGAACCUGUCGCUGACCCCGGGAAACCGUGCGGCCAUGGCGAUGGACGCGGACGGGGCCCUGGCGCCCCUCCUGGUCCGAUACGUCGCCGCUUUCAACGCCGGGUCCGACGCGGAGACGGGCGGGACGAUUCACGGCGGGGAACGACGCGCGGAUCCCCGGGCGGCGGCUGACGCGGCGGACGUGCUCGUGAACCUGGCGUGGCUGGACGACGACGCGCCGUUGAACGCCCCGUGCCUGUUGCGUCCGACCCAACGCCUCGCGGACGCGGCGCUGGAGGCCCUGGAGGCCCCACCACCGUCCCUCUCGGUCGACGAAGCGCCCGGCGACGCCGCCGACGACCAGAGGGAAACCGCCGCCGCCGACGCGGACCUCAGGUGCGCGGCGGCGGGUCUCCUCGGUUUCGCCGCGACGGGCACGAUCGAGGGAUUUAGCGGGUGGAGGGACGAUUCGUGGACGUCCCGCGCGGUGGGCGCCCUCGCGUCGAACGUGAACGCCGCGACGCGGAUCGGCGGGUUUGGCGGUUUUGGCGGCGACCGGGGUGGGGAGGACGCCGUUAAUAACGCGAGGAUGUGCGCGGCGUGCGUUCGCGCACUGCACGCGAUGGCGUCCAGCGGGGGCGAUGGCGCUGGGGCGAGCGCGGCGGCGGUGGCGUCGCACCCGAGCGCGAGGCGGGGCGUGGAGGGAGUGUCGAGUCGCCGCGCUGGACGCCGUGGCCGCCGCGGCGCUCUCGGAGGGGGGCAGGCGGAGGCUAUCGGCGCACGAGGAGGACCUGCUGCGCCUCGCCGUGGAGGAUAG